AUGAUGCAAAGGAUCCUCCACAACAUGUACGUGGAGCCAGAACUGCUGGCCGAGCUGAACGAGGAACAAAAGCAGAUCCUCUUCUACGAGAUCCGGCAAGAGCAGGUCCGACGCUGGAUGGAGCACGAGGCUCGAGAAGCAUUAAAAUUGGAUGAAGGGUUUAGGAAGCCACGGGAAGAGCGCGCUUUGAAGAGAAAGCACAUUCAGUGGCUCCGUGGCAUUGAUGGUGAGGUGUGGGUGUGGGUCAUGGGUGAAGCUCCUGGAGAUAGAUCUUAUGAGCAGAUUAUCAAAGAGCUGAUGGAGGAGAAAGCACGCAGGCAAGCUCAACUAGAGGCUCAAGAGCUGUGGCAAAAGAAAGAAGCCGAGAUCAAGCAGAAAUUCAAGGAUGCCAUCGCUAAAGAGAAGACACGUCUCAUAGCUGGGAAGUGGAAGGAGGAAGCUGAGGACAGGAAGGCAGCCAAACAGGAAGAAGAGCGCAUACAGGAGGAGCUAAAGAAACGUGAGGAAGAAGAGAAGCAGAAGGGAGAGGAGGAGGUUCGGUGUGCUGAGGAGAAGCGAGUGAAAGAGCUGUACAUGUCGCUCCAGCAGGAGCAAAAACAAAGUGAACAUGAUGACAAGGACUGGGAAGAACAACUGCAGCGGUCCAAGGCAGCAGAUGAGGAGAUGAUGAUGAGAGCACGCUGGGCGAGGGAUGAAUAUAAGCGCCAGUCCAUCCGAGCAAUGGAAAAAGGCCAUUUCAAGCAGCAUAUACCUGUAAGCAGGAGACACAGUGCAAUCAGAAUCAAGCCAUCGGACAAACCACUGGAUAAAGUCCCACCUUGUGGGAAAGAACGUCCUCGGCCCAGCCUCCAGCCUGCAGAUCCUCCACUGUACCGCCGAAGGCAGAGCCGCAGAUCCAGCAGCACUCCAACACAGCCACUCGUUGAUAGCCCUGCCUGGGUUCGUGCUCCCUGUUCCAGCUCAAGAGAAUCAGUCAUUCUGUGGUUCUCUGAGGACCAGAAGCCAAAGAGGGCUGGAUAUGAACGAACAAGCAAAACCAUCGCCACGUGGUUUCAUGGAAUAAUUACACGUGAGGAAUCUGAGAAGUUACUGAUGAACGAAGCUGAAGGCGCCUUCCUGGUGCGAGUCAGUGAGAGAAUUUGGGGUUACAUCCUGUCAUAUCGCACAGCCACUGGCUUCAAACACUUCCUGAUUGACGCCUCGAGGGAUUCUUACAGUUUUCUAGGAGUGGACCAGAACCGCCACGCCACUCUCGCUGACCUUAUCGACUUUCACAAGGAGGAAGUCAUUACCACCACUGGAAAUGAGCAGUUAAAGCAGGCGUGCAGGCACACUACGCCCCCUGGAGACUACGGGGGACUUUUCCCAUAA